AUGACUCCAAGGCCAAACCAGUCCGUUACUCACCAUAUGUCACCGAUAGAUCAAGCUCCCUAUCAGAGUUGUCUUGGGCAAGUGACCAGCAUGGAAAGUUUUGGAUCUCCGUCACAAUCACCGGUCAUGUCUGACACAGAGCGUAAAAAACGUGAUAAACAUUGCCAACAUCUGCAGAUGACUUACAAAGACUCCUAUGCUAUGGACCAACAGCCGCAGCCAAAUAGUCUAUUUGAGAAAAUCAAGGGGCCAUCAGGCCAACUGGAUGAACCAAUUCAGCUUGAUUGA